AUGUCCAUUAAUGGUUGUUUUAGGAGUCGGCACGCCCUGAGCCAUUACGUUGGUCUUCUUCAGGCUUGGGAUUACUCCAAAUUCUCUGUACGUCUGGAGUCUUCGUGGAACUUUGCAUUCGAGCACGUGUGCCAGGCCAGGUGGAGGCUGUCGAGUGGAGUGGAGGGCAGUCUGCUUGAGAGAACCCUAUCUUGUGCUCCCAGUUCAGACGAGUGCAUGAGUGUCCGUGUGAAUAGAUGGCGAGCACUCUCCAGUGCAGAUGUCCUAUACGUUCUUAGUACUCUAGGUGCUCAUAAAUCACAUGAAUAUGUAGAGAAAAUGAGCACGAAUGUUGAGUUGUGUCGCUGUGUUGAACUCUCCUCAGCCCUCCAACCAGAAAUCAGAUUGGAAUCACGUGCGUAG